AUAGUCAGCUGCCAUGGCUUUUCAUCAUCGAGAACUGAGGAGGGAGUCAAAUGAGGAUUGGCAUUUAAUCAUAUCCUCUUCACCCUUAGAAAAAGGAAGUAUGGUUUAGUGCUACAUUUCCCCUUAGAGCAAACUUUAAGUAUGGCAAUCGGCAGCGACACACACAGUGAGCUGUCUUCUCACUUCGAGACCGAUGUAGAUAUUGUCGCGGUACCCGCCAUUGGAGCGGAUCCACAAAAGACAUGGGUUGGGGAAGAUUCCCAAAGGCCAUGGCUCACUUCAGAAUUGACACGGUAUAUCCCGAAUGCUCGAAUGUUAAUGUUGGACCAUGGACCGCUAGACCGUCAAGAUGACCUGGACUCUUUGGCCCACCAUCUACUAAAGCAGAUACAUACAGAAAGGCAGCACACAAGCGGGAGGAGGCCCAUCCUGUUCAUCUGCCAUGGAACUGGUGGCCUUGUUGCCAAAGCAGCGUUGGCUAUUGCGGGACAUUCGGCGUCGAACCUUGCGUCGAUACUGACUAGCUGUUAUGGCAUUGCUUUUCUGGCUACCCCUCACCUGGGAUCAAGCUAUCUUUCGGCUCCUGAAUAUGCCAAAAGUAUCCGCCGUUUAAUGCAGUUCAAGCAUCAUGUCCCACACUGUAUACGGGAGGUACUCAAGCCUAGACAUCCAAGGUUGUUGCAACUGUCUAGCCAGUUUAGGUCCAUUUCCGCAGAUAUCAAAAUCUGGACCUUCCUAGAGACCGUCGAUUCUACGCUCAUGGUCGCAGACUCAGGUACCGUAAAUACGGUGGAGAUGCAUGUUCCAAUCACCUCUAUUCGGUCGGGGAUUUUGGAUCUAGAGCACGAAAAAGUGAUUCCUUUGGCCACGGACCAUCUUGGAGUCGCAUUUUUCAAAGGGCAAGAACUCACAACCAGGAUAAGCUUUAUCAAAGAGCUUCAGCCAAUCCUUGCCAUGGCUGUACAGCUGUCCAAGUUGCCAGAUGCUCCGCUGCGCGUUAGUCGAGAGGUUAUGGUGCAAGUCAAUGGAUUCUUUGAAGACACCGCGCGGGGAGUUAGUGACGAGACACCUUUGAAGCUUUGGUCAACAAAAACGCCGCUUCGAGAGUAUCUGAAGGAUGGACCUUCGAUUUGUCUCACGGAUCGGCUUAAACAAACCGGUAGAAUAUCGUCCAGUUCAUUCGAUGACUCUUCGAUAAGUGACUUUGAUAGCAGACCAUCAUCUGCUGCCAUGGCAGAUGCAGCAUUUCCCACAAUUCAUGAUGUAGCAGCUGAAGAUUCUAGAGCCAUACAGCCUGAAGCAAUCCCACCAAGGCCAUCAAUCAGAAGAAGCCGUAGCUUCAUAACUACAGGAUCUCCCAGGAUCCAUGUAACAGAGGCUGCUGCCGACAAUUAUUUCGAAGUACCACAGGAGGAAGCAGCAUCGGAUAUUCCAAGCGACACAAUCUCCAGUGAGGACCCCGGGCAUAGGGAUAGCGUAACUGAAGAGAGAAAAGAAACCAAUGCUGAGGAUUCAAGAUCUAGCAGUCCAGAACAAACCAAUGUAUUAACUAGUCUGUCACGGAAAUAUAAAAACUUCCUGCCUUUGCCGCCACUCACAAGGGAGCGGCUUCAGGAAGUUCGGGCAGAGUUGCCUCGGGCAGCUCCUCGAUUUGAUCGACCAGAACCAGGUAGCGAGAAGCUUCUAUGGAUUCAUAUCCCAUACACCCACACAGGCUGGGUACCUCCUGUUCUGGCCAAAGCUUGUGAUGAUGAACAGAGACCAGAAUUCUUCAGGAAGUUCAUCAAUGAUAAGAACUGGUACUCGCAUCUAAUUAGAGCCCGCCAUCUCGAGCCUCACGCCCGUUUUGUCCGGCCUACGUGCAUCCAUUCUAGACUGACCGAUUCUUUGCCAAUCAAUACCCCAAGAUCUUGUAUUCCUCAAUUAGCCUUAUAUCUUCCUUAUCUUCAUUGGGACACAUACUGGAACUUACUUCGACGACGGAAAGUUAUCGAAAGGCGGUUGCAUCAAGGAAGAUCCAAACCAGUCCCCGAGUACAUCUCAGAGUCCCAUUUAGAAUCGAGGUUAAUAUGGAAGUUUCUCGGGACCGAGCCUCCAAUUCAUAUACGAAGAACAUUAGACCAGUAUGGUUAUCCAAAUUUACGAUCAACGGUAGCAAGAGAUGACGAUCAGAUGCUAUGGAAGCGGACAAGAAAAGCUGUGGAUCUCAGCAAGGAAAAUUAUGGCUCGAUACCUUUGCAGGAUGACCAUGAGUUUCCCAAAACAUUCAUGGAUGGGAAAGUCCUCAUGGUGGACCAACUCUGGCUCUGGAUCGUGGACGAGAAAACCGUCGUUACCUUCUUCCCCAAACAGGAGGCAACAACUGCCGAAGACAAGCUCUACGAGCAAGCGAACUUACACAGCAGUAUUUACAACGAGCUGAACGGCGACCUUGCGAGGCGUUUCGAGACGGCUGGAGAUCUUGCCGCAUUGAUAGUCUUACACGCAGUCACCAUCCUCCUGGACAGGACCCUAGACCGUGAUCUGCAAGUACUACGAAUAUUCGAAGAAUCCAUCAGCAUCCUAACCGAAUCCACAACAAAAUCAUUCAAACGCUUCCGCACGCGCGGGUUCAUUGCCCGGCCAGCCGACUAUAACAGAACACCAGAAGGCAAGACAAUGACAGCAUCCGAGCGCGACGAAAGAGACCGCCGAGUUGCCAAUCAAAACCGCGAAGACCUCUCCACCCUCUUAGAACUGCGUGACAUAAUCGACGAACUAGGCACCAUCCUCAAACUCCUCGAACAACAAACCACCACCGUCAAACUAAUGGCCCAAUACUUCGAAGACAAGGGAUACGGAAAGGUGUUCAUCGAAUCGGCCCUCUCCCGACUCGACGAGUAUCGCACCCAAGUCACAGACAUGCGCGAGAACGCCCAUCUAGCACAGAAAGCCGUCGAAAAUCUCCUUGACCUAAAGCAGAAGCAAGCUAACGUCGACGAAUCCCGAAUAACCCGGUGGCAAGCAGAAGUAGCCCAGAAUCAAUCGCAGUCCGUCAUGGUAUUCACAAUCUUCACAGUCAUCUUCCUCCCUCUCUCCUUCUUUACCUCCCUCUUCGGCGUCAACAUCCGCGAAUGGAGCGGCGAAGAAACAAACCCAAACUGGUCCUACAUGCUCGCAAUCUCAGCCCCAACCUCCGUCGCGAUAAUUCUAGUAGCCCUCUCAAUGGCCUUCAGCGAACGUCUCCGCGACAUAGUCAUAAAAGCACAUAUCAUUGGGGUCGGGAUAAUAACAGACUUCUUCUUACUCCCUGUGAAAGGCGUAUUCAAGCUGGGUGCGACGGUGUCCACGCCAGUGACCAAUCCGGUCAAAUCGGAGAGUACGGGGCGGCUUGAUAGGUAUUUGGAGAAGAAGCGGGUUAAUAUGCAGGUUGAGGAUAUUUGGGAGAGGCAUGAGGAUCGGGUGAUUUCGCCGUUGCCGCCGGUGCAUGUUUCCGAUAUGGAGGGGAUGAUGGGGGUUGAGGUCUUUGAAAAGGGGGCUCGGUGGCAGCAGAGGGGUCAUGAGGCGUAGUGGUUUUGGUUUUCGUGUUAUUUUUUGGUGCUGGGUUGAAAUAUAUAGCCUUUUUGUUUGGAUGGCUACGAGGAUUUGGCUGCUGG